GAGAGAGAGAGAGAGAGAGAGAGAGAAUAUCUAUCAGACUCAUUUGCGUCGCUGGAAUUAAAAAGCAAAAGCAAAACCAAAAACAAAAAAGAAAGAAGAAUGAAAACAAACCAACUGCUCCAAUGCAUUUAAAAGAGGACUUUGAUCUUCUCUAUCUGCAUACAUUAGCCAGAUGAACAAAUACAAACAAGCCCACAUUUUUUGCAAAGCCAAGGCAAGGUGCUUUUUUAUCAUCAUGUGCUUCCAUCUGGUCCUCGGCCAAGUUCCUGGCCCAUGUCGGCACUCAGUGACGGAAGAGCACCUCCUGAACCUCGAGCGACUGAUUGAUAACCAGUUGCAAAAUGGCUGUUCAAUGACCUACAAAUUCAUGGAGCGUCACGGUUUGAGUAAAGUCUGUUAUGUUAAAGCAGCCUUCCCUCAAAUCCUGGAACUUCUGGACAGUCACUUUCGAUACACCAAGGACUCUGAUAACUAUGGUUACGUCGAUAAACUGAAGAAUUUGGUGUUGAACAUUUAUUCUGAAAAAUGCAUUCCAGAAAUCAAUGAGGAGAUUGAGGACAUUCCUGUGAGAGUUGAAAAAGUCAGUUCUCUACGAGAAGCCCUGGGGAAAAUAAAGGAAGUCAUACAGCUCUAUAAGGAGCUGAUGACGGAGAACGACAAACCAGUGGACUGGAACUGUGAAGAGGAGUAUGCUGAGGAUUACCCAGAAUCAACCACAGCACUUGCCCAAACCACAGGUGCAACCGAAUGUCAUUGUUCUUGCCCGACUCUCGGUUACGGAGCUUCUGAACAGGUUUCUUUGCCAGCCAAUGGAAAGACUAAGCCAAUGGAAACCAGCCAAUGGGAAGACCUCGUGCAGCCAUCUCAAUUACAGUCGCAUUCCUCCCAACCGCCUAAGCUGGCCCAACCUCCUAUGGACACAAGGAACCCCUGGGACUACAUCCCUGUCACCCACGACUACAACAGCCACCACAGACUGAAGGAAACUGAGUCCAUCACCUCAGUUAGCAAGGAGGAGAAAGAGGAGGCCAAUGGGGACAUUUUGUUUCUUGCAUUCCCCGGAGCCGGUAAUUUGAGAUCCACCGCGGGAUCCUCUGCAUCUUUAGAUGAAAAGAACGGUUGUCCCGGAUGCCCAGGUGCUUCGUGCCACAGGGUUCAUUUGGACCCUGUAACCGGCACACCCGGCACCUCAGAGUCUUCGGAUGCAUCUCAGUCUACUCCCGUGUCUGCAGAAAGCGUGCGAGGGAUGGACGCCUCUGUGAGUCACGUUGUUUCGGAGAAAAGGAGUCCCACCACGGUCGCCUCCUCGGCUUUCACACAGAGCCCAACUCAGACCAGAGUAUCCGGCUCGCCCGGAGGUCGGUCGUCCCAACGCACAUCGUUUCUCGAUUCGUCUCGUGCGGUCAGCCCUUCGUCCCAGGAACACGCAGACAACCCCGCCACGCCCGUUCCGUCCCACGAGGCUCCGGUCAGAAGUACUCCCACGAAGCCGGAGGACACCACAGCUGUCUUGCUGACUAAGAGAUCUCUAGGACCCAGAGUUUCCCCGGAGGACAGCUUCCGCGAGUUGAAUGACCGUUCAGACGUUUCACAAGCUGGAGAAAAAACAAGAAGCACAAUCAAGCACACUGUCCCUCUGCCAGGAAGAACCACCGUUUCUGGUCUGAGACAGUUUGAUCCCCCUGUACCACCACCUGUGCCAAAGCAUGAAGCAGUAUCUAUGAGGACCACCCGUGAGAAGUUGGAAAGCCCAGGUGUUGGGCCUCAAGGCUCAGCAGAGCGCGCGGACUCCGACUCGCCGUCGGGACAACCGGAGAGAGGCGCAGGGGCCGGCUUCCAAAACGGGGCCGAGGGGGAGGGGCACUUCUCCUACAAGAUCGCCUUCAUCGCGGCAUCAGCGUGUGGGGGACUGAUGCUUUUAAUUACGCUCUACUGUUUCAGGAAACAGAAGAAACUCAAAGCGCUGCUUCAUAGCUCCGAAGUCGAAGGCAAUCAGAGAUUGACUUCAUUCGACAAAGACAUUGAAAUGCAAGAUUGUGAAAGAACAGAACUAUCUUGUCUGGAUUCAUCGUGAAGUAGAAAAAUUGGAACAGGAGACAACAGACCAGAACAAACAAAACAGAAAUGCUGAUAGGAAUAAUAAUGAUAAUAUUGAGGUGUCAACUCCAUAUCAAGUGCUUUUCUAACCCGAAAUUCAUGUAUAUAAAAUUACAGAAAUAUUUAAAAGGCUAUAUUUUUAUACAAGAUGUAAAAUAUAUUGAGUGCUUUACAGUGAAAGGUGUUUAGUACAAGAGAAGAGGAUACACAGUCAGGUUGCGUGGAUAUAAUGGGUCUUCUUCUGACGUAACUGGGGAAUAAUAAAUUAUGUGUGUACCAGUAGGAAUGAUAGAGAAGACAAGUUACUGUGAA